AAUAAUUCAGCUGAAACCCAACCCCGUACUAUUUCAGCCGAAACCAAACCUCAAGCCGCAGCGAACCUCCGCCCGUACUACUGUUCCUCUUCUUCACGGAGAAGACACAGACCGCAACAACCCGAGCUGAGCUGCCAUCUUCAGCAUUUGAAGGCGCCUGGCUCAAACGCGAUGGUACGUUUUCUCCUCCGAAUGAACGGCACGGUCCCUCGUUCCAGAAAUAUAGACAAUCACCAUAGGCGAACAAACCUAGCAGUCAGCGGAUUCCUCCCAAUCAGGGGCGGAGCUGGGCCUAGCAAGCUUCUAUAUACAAGAGCACUGUCCUAAGCAAGUGCGCUGUAAGCAACGACCGUCGACCGCAGUUUGGCUUCGAGGCUAUUCGCUACUCUCAAGUCUCAACUCGGCAACUCUGCUAGUCGGUUAUCCAAUCUCCGGCGACAGAAGGCGGUGUAUACUGGCACAAAUGUUCUAACUACCAUGUUUGGUAUGUGACAGAAGUACUAGACGGGACACUCAUUUACUUUGAAUUUUCCUGAGAUGUGUAAGAUGGCUGUGGAAACUCUUUCUUCACUUUUGCAUCACUGUUCUAAGACUAAGUCACUCAAAUGUGGACUUUCCCUUCAUUCAGUUGCUAUUAGGACUGGCAUGAUGUGUGAUGUUAUAAUCUCCAAUCAUGUUCUCAACAUGUACGCUAAGUGUGGUAACCUCAAAUUUGCCAGCCAAGUGUUUGAUGAGAUGCCUGACAAAAACUUGGUGACUUGGUCAGCCAUGAUAUCUGGUUAUGAUCAAUCUGGGAAGCAUGUGAUGGCUGUCAAGCUCUUUGGUCAAAUGAAUCUAGAGCCAAAUGAAUAUAUACUUUCUAGCAGCCUGAGCUCUUGUGCCAAUCUUUUGGCACUGAAAGAUGGGCAACAGAUCCACUGCAAGUCUAUCAAAUUAGGUUACUCCUCUAUCUCUUUUGUCUCCAACUCACUAAUGUCGAUGUAUAUGAAAUGUAACAAGUGUGAUGACGGCUUGUCAGUUUUUGCUAGUACUCCAGCAUCCAGUGUUGUUUCUUUUAAUGCAAUAAUUACUGGUAUGAUAGAAAAUAAUCAUAAACAGAGAGCCUUUGAGAUGUUCAAACUUAUGUGUCAACGGAGAUUGAUUCCAGACCGGUUCACUUAUGUUGGAUUGUUAGGAACUUGUUGUACACCUGAGGAUUUGGGUAUAGGAAUGAGUUUGCAUGGUCAAACCAUCAAGUUGAAACUUGACUCGAGUGUUUUCAUUGGAAACAUAUUAAUGACAAUGUACUCAAAGUUGAAUUUGAUCGAUGAAGCAGAGAAGGUUUUUACAAUGAUAAGUGAGACAGAUAUCAUAUCAUGGAACACAUUAAUUGCUGCUUAUUCUAAUUGUGAUGAUCACAACAAAGCCUUGAACGUCUUUAGAUAUAUGGCACAGGGAUAUGUUGAUGACUUUUCAUAUGCGAGUGUUCUCUCUGCAUCAGCUGGCAUGGCUUCUAUACGUCUAGGUGGUGAGAUACAUGCUCACUUAGUUAGAACUAGGCAGAGCGUAGAUGUAACUGUUAGCAAUGCCCUUGUUAACAUGUAUGCUAAAUGUGGAUGUAUGCAACAUGCUUAUUCUGUUUUUAGGCUAAUGCAUUGCCAUAAUUUGGUAUCUUGGAAUACCAUCAUAGCUGGAUUUGCAAACCACGGUCGUGGAGGAAUAGUAAUACAACUGUACAAGGAAAUGGAGAAACUUGGGUUCAAACCAGAUUCUGUUACAUUCCUAGGACUUUUAAUGGCUUGCAACCAUGCAGGGCUUGUUGAUGAGGGCCAAUCCUUCUUCGUCUCCAUGCAAUACAUUCACGGGAUCACUCCUAAUAUUGAGCACUUUUCUUGCUUAAUUGAUCUUCUGGGACGAGCUGGGAGACUAAAAAGUGCUGAAGAAUAUAUGCAGAAGUACCAUUUUGGGAAGGAUCCAGUUGUUCUAGGCUGCCUGCUUUCGGCAUGUCGGCUGCAUGGUGAUGUUGUCGUAGGGGAACGUGUGGCUAAGAGGCUUCUGAUGGUUGAACCUGUUACUACUUCACCAUAUGUUUUGCUGUCUAAUCUAUAUGCGUCAGAUGGGAUGUGGGAUUGUGUUGCCGGUGCAAGAAAGAUGUUGAAGGGAAGUGGGUUAAAGAAAGAGGCAGGGCACAGCUUGAUUGAAGUGGAGAGAUCUGUAGAAAAGUUUACAAUAGGUGAUUUUUCCCAUUCAAGAAUCACAGAGAUUCUGCAGGUACUCAGAUGUCUAAGUUAUGUAUGGGAUGAAGAAUAUUAGUGCAAUUGAUCAUCAACUGAAGAAGAGGACAUGAUACUAUGGACUUGAGUAAAUUGAGGUUCUACCCGUCAGAUAUCAUCAGUCCCCAAGCUGCGUCCAACCUUCUAUUGUCCCAUCUAGUCGAUCCCGGUCGCAGCUGAAUCUCCUGUAUAAUUCUCUCUCUCACUAUUAAAUUCAUGCUUUUGUUCCAAAAAGAUUUUAAUGUCAUACUUCUGUGGAUGAGUUGCUUCUUGUAUUAUAUAUAUAUAUAUAUAUAAACUUGUGCUGCUUUUGUUUUUCCGUUUUCUUUAUAUGUUGUAAGUGUUGUGGUCUACAGAUAAACUAGAACUCUACAUUAAAUAAUUUAAGCCAAUUUAAAAGUAAGAACAAUCUAACUUGAAUCUAUAUUAAUUUAUAAAUAAAGUUAUAUGAACUGCUGUGUUGAAAUAAAGCAUAUAAACUAAGAAAUAUAUUAAAGAGGAAAAGAUUUUCUGUGUAUUUCAUUGGAGGGUUAAGGCCCUAUAUAAAGAUUUUCUGUUAAUUUCAUUGGAGGGUUAAGGCCCUAUACAAAGAAGGGAUAUUUAUGCAUAAGAUGCUAUACAAUAAUAAUGUCUAGAGUAUAUUCCUUAAUCAUAUUCUUAGAUAUAUUCCUAAAGCAUACUCGUAGAUAAAUUCUUUCACACUCCCCUUCAAGUUGGAGCAUAGAUAUUUAUUAUGCCCAACUUGUUACAUGAGUAAUUAACGCGAAUCCCAUUUAGAGCUUUAUUAAAUAAAUCUCCAAGUUGUUCUCCAAUCUUCACAUAUCUGGUAGAGAUCAAUCCUUUUUGUAUCUUCUCUUGAAUAAAGUGACAAUCAACUUCAAUAUGCUUUGUUUCAUGAAAUACGGGAUUGUUUGCUAUGUGUAUAACAGCUUGGUUAUCACACCACAAUUUAGCAGACAUUGAUGUCUUUAAUCGGAAUUCACUCGAUAGAUGGCUUAUCCAUAUGAUCUCACAUGCAGAUUGCGCCAUAACUCGAUAUUCUGAUUCAACACUUGAACGAGAAACCACAUUUUGUUUCUUACUCUUCUAGGAUACAAGAUUACCACCAACAAAGACGCAAUAGCCAGAUGUAGAUCUUUGAUCGUCUUUAAAACCGGCCCAGUCAGCAUCUGCAAAGCAUUCUAUUUUCAUGUGAUCAUGGUUUUGAAAAACAAUACCUCGUCCAAGUGCUUCCUUUAAGUAACAAAUAUGUGUUCUACAGCAGCCCAAUGAUCAAUGGUCGAAGAUGAUAUGUAUUGACUCACUACACUCACAGAGUAAGCAAUAUCUGGAGGAGUGACUGUGAGAUAAUUAAGCUUUCCAAUCAAUCUUCUAUAUAUUUCAGGGUCUUAAAAUGGCAUGCCUUCUUGAGUGAGUUGCACGUUGGGAACCAUGGGAGUGUUGCUCGGCUUUGAUCCCACUUUUUUUUGUUUCGCCUAACAAAUCAAGUUCAUAUUUUCGUUGAGAUAAAAAUAUGCCUUUCUUACUCCUUGUUACCUCAAUACCCAAGAAAUAUUUUCAAUUAGCCUAGAUCCUUUGAUUGGAGUUAGCUAUGAAGAAAAUUCUUGAGGGCCAAAAUAUCUUCAUUAUCACUUCCUAUAAUCACGAUAUCAUCGACAUACACCACAAGCAAAGUGAUACCUGCUUUUGUUUGUUUGUAAAAGACUGAGUGAUCUGAUUUGCUUUUUAUCAUUUUAAAUUGUUCGAUUGAUUGACUGAAUUUCCCAAAUUAUGCACGAGGACUCUCUUUUAGACCACAAAGAGACUUACGAAGUUCACAAACUUUACCACAUUUUACCUGAGCAACAAAUCCCGGAGAUUUAGGUCCUUAAAUUGAAGGCAGCAACUGAUAGUCUGAUAUGUAUGUCAGAAGUGUGUAAGAUUGUAAGUUGAGUUAAUUUUGGCAAAUAUCUUAGUUGUAUACUACUAUACUAUCUACCAAUGUGAUUCUCCUCUGGAAUUUAAGGUUGUAGCUUAUAUUUUGUUUUUAUUGCUUUUGUUGUUAACAUUGUUUUUUUAGUUUGAGCUAUUAAUAUUAAGUUUCAAUUUAAAUUCAUUUUUUAACAGAUGUCAAGAUGUCAAGUCAUAUUGGUCGUGAUAAAGGUGUAUCAUUUCUAAAUAAACCAUAACAGAAAUUCAUCCACUGUGCCAGAGGAAGUUCUAGAUGAAAUGUCAUCUCAGAUAUGUCUGAAGUGCCAAUUUAGAUGUGCAAAAACAGUUUAAAGUGGCUCGGAGAUAUGUCUAAAUAAAACGGAGAGGUGUUUAUUGGAUUUAUUUCUGGGAGUAUUUAGACAAGGAAGAAAAAUUGAGAGCCAAGUUUAUGUAUUGCGACUCCACCUUUACUGCAGAUCUGAAUGUUAAUCGAUUAACAAACGUGAAGCAUCACGCUGAGUUUUGCAAAAACAAUCCAGCCAAUAGACAUUAAGGAGGUAAGCAAGCCCAUCUCAUUGAUAAUUGUGUGAGUCCUAUUGAUAGAGAGGGUGAUUCUUUUAGAAAUAAAGAGGGUGUUAAUUUAGAGGAAGUGAGGGAGACAUUAUACCAUAUAGUUAUUAUUGAUGUGUUGUCCUUUAUAUUGUGAAAAACCUCGGAUUUAGACAUUUUUCUGCAAAUCGCUUGCCCCCUUUUUCAUAUAGCCUCACGAACCACUAUUGCACAUGAUUGUUACAAGUUUUAUCUUAAAAAAUAGGAGGUUGAAAGAUUUUUAAAAAAAUCAUGCCAGAAAUUUAGUGUUACUGCCAACACUUGAUUUAUUCUUUAAAAAAUCAAAAUAUAAAUUAUAUGUGUAUCACCGCUCAUUUUAUUGAUGAUCAGUGGAGAUUGCAAAAAAAAAGAAUAUUAAUUUUUUGUUCAAUUUCUAGUCACAAAGGUAAGACAAUUGGUAGGGUUGUGGAGGAUUGUCUAAAUGUUUGGGGAUAUGGAAAAAGUUGUUUACUGUCAUUGUUGAUAAAGCUAGCUCUAAUCAUGUUGUUUGUCUAUAUUUAAAGUGUUCAAAAAAGUGGGGGCAUCAAUAGAGUUGACUAGUUACAUGCGAGGUGCAUUGCACACAUAAUUAAUCUUAUCGUGUGGGAUGCUUUGAAGGAAUAUGUUAAUUUCAUUGUUAAGUUUAGCGUUGUUGCGAGAUAUAUUAAAAAUUCUCUAGAAUUCCACAUACGAAAUGUUGGAGACACUUUUGAAAUACAAGACUGUUUUUUUAGGGUUGAUCUUCCAAGGAAGUUAGAAAAUAUGGAAACAUUGUGUUCGCUUAAUGAAGAUGAUUGGGUGACACUUGAAUAUCUUAUUGGUUUUCUCAAAGAAUUUAUUAACCUGACUUGACUAAAAACGUAUCUAGCUCUUUGUAUGUCAUAAGUGUCAUCGUUUUCAUUCAUAUUUGUCAUACAUUUGAUUUGUCGAAGAAAUAGCUUAUUAAUUGUAAUGUUUGUUUACAAAAUACUCCCUCCGUCACUUGUAACUUUGCCAACUUUCCUUUUUUUGAAUGUCCCACUAACUUUGCCACUUUCCCUUUGGAGUAAAGAAUUUGUAGUUCCAGUUAAUUCUCUCUCCUCUGCACAAACCUCAACCACACAGUUUUUACUUUAUUAAUCCCGUGCCGGUCAAACUUGGCAAAGUAUUGAGGGACAGAGGGAGUAUGAUAUUCAAAAUGAAGUUGAAGUAUGGUAAAUAUUGAGUUGAUAUUGAAAAAAGAUGAACAAACUGAUUUACACGAGUUCUGUUCUUCAUCAGUAUUUUAAGUUGAUUGGAGUGAAUAUUUGUUUAAUCGAUUCAUUGAUGAGAUGGAGUAAUUAGUGAUUCAAGCUUAACUUAUUCAAUGGUUGAUUCGAUUAUAUAAAUGAAUAUGGGUUAAAGAUCGAAUCAAACAAAUGAGUGGGUCACAAUAAUAUUCAAGAAAUGAGUUUGAUCACUACAUUGAUGACGAAUGGGGACACAAGAAAGAAAAAGAUGUUUUGACUUGGUGAAAGCUUAAUAGUCCAAGAUUUUUUGUGGUUGCACAUAUAACUCAUGCUAUUAUAGUUAUCCCGGUAUAUACAGUAGCAUCAAAAUCUGCAUUUAGCAUCAGAGAGCGUACUCUUGAUCAAUAUAGUACGCCCUCUGGUGCUAAAUGCAGAUUCCGAAGCUACGGUAGAUACUGGGACAAUUAAUAUCAUGAGUCAUAUGUGCAACCACCUAAAAUCUUAGACCAUUAAGCUUCCACCAAGUCAAAAAUAUUUCUCCUCAUCUCCCUUUUUUCAUCUAUGUAGCUAUCAAACUACUUUUUCAAUUUUGUUAUGAACCAUUGCUUAAUUGGAUCAUUAACCAAUUCAUCAAUAUAGUUGAAUCAACGUUGAAGAAGUGAAGCUUGAACCACACUUACUCAAGUUUCAUCAAUGACAACUGGAGCAACAUACACUUUCCUAUACUCUUCGUAUAAGUCAUACACAUUUUUUUUAUAUUUUCAAAAAGAAAUGUUUUAUUUUCUUCACCAUACGAAACAAUUAGACAAAUCUUCACGCCAAUCAACCUAAGACUCGGAUGAAGAACAGAGUCCAUAUAAAUCAGUGUGUUCAUCUUUUUCCAAUAUCACCCCAAUAUUUAUCAUACUUCAUUUUUGGUGCUAUAUUUUGUAAACAAACAUUACUAUUAAUAAGGCAUUUCAACAAAUGUAUGACACAUAUGAAUGAAAAGGGUGUUACUUUGACAUUCAAAAAGCCGGAUACUUUUUUAGUUAGGUUAUAAAACUCUUUGAGGAAACCAAUAAGACAUGAAAGUGUCACCUAAUCAUAAUCUUCAUUAAACGGAUCCAAAAUUUUCAUAUUUUUUAACUCCCUUGAAAGAUCAACCUUCACAAAACAUCCUUGUAUUUCAAAAUUGUAUCCAACAUUUCAUAAGUGAAAUUCUAGCGAGUAGGGCAAUCAAGACACAAAAAUAAAUUGUAUCUUACAACAUCACUAAAUUUAUCAAUGGAAUUAGCAUAUUUCUUCAACCCAUCCCACACAAUAAGAUUAAUUGUAUGCGAUGCACCUCAUAUGUAACUAGUCACCUUCACUGUGCCCCCACCUUUUUAAACAUAUUUUUCAAAUAUAGACAAAUGACAUUAUUAGAGCUAGCAUUAUCAACUGUGACACUAAACAAUUUCUUAGCCACCCCCCCCAAACAUUCAGACAAUCCUUCGUAGCCCUAGCAAUUGCUUCUCCUUUGGGACUAGAAAUUGGACAAAAGUUUAAGAUUCUUUUAUUUUUGCAAUCUCCACUGAUCAUCAAUAAAAUGAGUAGUGAGAUACAUACAAUUUAAAAUUUAUUCGUUAAAUUGAUGUCCAACAUCAACUCUUUGGCAUGAUUUUUAUAAAAAAACUUUCAACCACCCCUUUUCUUCAAGAUAAAACUUGUACCAAUCACGUGCAAUAGUGAUUCGUGAUAUGAAAAAGGAGGCAAUCAAUUUUCUAAAAAUGUCUAAAUCCCGGUUAUCCACAAACAUAAAUGCCAACUCAUCAAUAAUAACUAUAUGGUGUAAUGUCUUCCAAACUUCCUCUAAAUGAACACUCUAUAUCUCAAAGAAUCACCCUCUCCAUCAAUAGGUCUCACAAAUAGGUUUGCAUACCUCCAUUAUGUCUAUUGACGUGAUGCUUCAUUUUUGGUGAUCCAUUAACAUUCGGAUCUCCAACAAAGGUGGAUUCACAAUAGCUACACUUCGCUCUCAAUUUUUCUUCGUCAUCUAAGUGCUGCGAGGAAUAUUUCCGGUAAGUACCUAUCCAUUUUUUUGGGCAUAUCCGCAACCCACUUUAUGCCGUUUCUGCACAUCUAAAUUGAUACUUUGAGAUGACAUUUCAUCUAGAACUUCUUCUAGCAUAGUGGGAUGAAUUUAAUUUAUGGUUUCUUGAGAAAUGAUACAUCUUCUUUUCACCCGAUAAGUAUGACUUGACAUCUGUUAAAAAAAUGAAUUUUAAUUGAAAGUCAAUAUAAUCACUCCAAACUAAAAGAAACAAUGUUAACAACCAAAGCAAUAAAAAAUAUUAGUUGCAACUUUAAUUCCAUUGGAGAAUCCCAUUGGUAUAUUUUACAUGUAGUACAAUAGUAUACCAAAAGAUAUUAUCCAAAAUUCCCAUUGGUAUAUAUUACAUGUACAAUAGUAUACCAAAAGAUAUUUGCCAAAAGUAAUUCAACUUACAAUCUUACAUACUACUACCAUACAUAUCAGUUGUUGCCUUCAAUUUAAGGACCUAAAUUUUUCAUCAAUAUAACAUUCAAUCCAUAUAUUAUAAAAUAAAGAAGUGUAAAAAAUCUGCAUGUCAUUAAUAAAAGAGAGGACAAAGUUUGAUAAAUCAACUACUUCAAAUUACUUGUAAGCUCACUCACCUUCACUUUAAUGAAAUCCUAUAUACCUAAAGGGAGAAUCCAUCUCUCCAAGGAUAUUCCCGCUUCUCUCUCCAAUUAAAUACUAAUAUAGCAUGUAAUUAUACUCCGUAAUUAAAUCUCCUGUUUUUGCUCCUAGACGUUUCUCACCUUAUUCUUCCGUUUCUUAAUUUCUUUCUCAAUUUGACGUUACUUGCCGUCAAAAUUGGGCAUUAACAGAGCUCUGCAUCCCCUUUCCAUCUUAUCUCUUCUCCAUCCGACCUUCAUAUCAAUUUCGCGAUCUCCAUCUUCUCCUUUCAGCGAUGGAGACCAUUGAUAAUAUAUAUGGAUUUCACCACCAGCGGCGCCGGCCUCACCUUCAUCCUGGAUUAUCAUCAUCUCCAGGUUUUUCUCAUUUACUAUUCUACUAAUCUUUAACUUCAUUUAAUAUGUUCCCUCUACUCAGUUGUUGGGGGCAAAUUUAUUUGAAAUGCUUCAUCUUCAAAAUUAUCUUUAACCAGUUUAUUCACUUUUCACAAAUUGAUUUGAAAUGCUUCAUCUAUUGCGGUCAUGCUAAUAAGAGAUUGAAUUUUUAGAUUAGAAGUUUCAGUUGAGAAAUGCUUCCUCACGUCUACAGACUAAAUUUCAUCAAAUCAGGUGAUUAUUUUCUAAUCUAAUAAUGAAUUUGCUACCAUUAGAUUGGAUAAAGUAGCUUUUUUUAUAAAUGGAAAUUAGAUGCGUAGAUUGCACUUAAUUCAUGCGAUUUAGUGCUUCUGAUAUUUUUUUCUUCAUAUUUACAUCAUCCUGUGAUUUUUAAAAUCCGUUAAUCAGAGAGAAACAUUAAUUGUGGGGUUUCUAAAGUGUAAACGAGUUUCUGAUCUUAUGUGCUUAUUUCAAAUACUUUAAGUAGUUAAAGCGUUAACCUUAUGCAUUCGUCAAUUUCUUUUAUUUAAAAUCUUUCAGAUUUGGCCCUAACUGAGUUGCACCCAGUAAAGUAAAUCACCCAAUAAUGAAAAUAUCCGAAUAUUCGCCAAGUAACUCUGUUUUGUCAAUCAUUCUGACUUCCAACUCAUUCCGUGUAUGACUACACACAUAUGUGUUGUGUCUUAUUUAUGAACAAGUUCACGGUUGAACAAAGUGUAGAAACAAGCAGGAUUUUGUGGAGAGUAGAGAUCCCAAACUCCCUAGGGUUGGGUUUUGUUGAGACCCAAAACUCAUAAAAUUCUCUUUUCUAAAAGUUUGUUCUGUAUUAUUAAUUUAUUCUAAAUAAGACCCUCCUUAUAUAAGGUGGUAGUACAUGGAAUUCCAAACACUAAAGGGAAUGGGAUCCCGCGUUCUAAUGGAACCCAAUCCCAACAUUAAUACAAUAACUAAUUGGUAAUUGCUAAACUAUUGAAUAUUUUUCCAACUAAACUCUUCCCAAAAUAAUGUAAUAGUAUAAUAAGACUCCCAAACUUAUUAAAAACUCCACAAAAUCUUCCCUGUAUCCUGCUUUUUGCCAAUGAACUUUAACAUUAAACUGAUAGCAAGCUUGAAGUCAUAUAAUAGUAUAAUACCAGUUGGAGCAAUCUGAUUCUUCGUAAUUAUACUCUGUGAUUAAAUCCUCCUAAAUACCUAAGACAUUAGAGGGAGAUGUAAGUUUACUCGCAGCCUUCUAGGAAUACAUUUUUUGUUUUUGACUGAUGUGUUGAGAAUACUUAGAAUUCACAUAGCCUCCAAUUGACCAUAAAAACAUGUAUUCAAGGUUUAAGGUUAUUGCUAUUUCGCGUUUCACAUUUCAGGUUAUACUUUUCUUUUGUUCUUCCAAUUUAAUGUUUUAGUCAGAACCAAGCUAUUUAUGACUUUCAACUUCUAAUAGUUACCGCAUUCACCCAUUGUAAUAAAAAACAAUGCUCUCGAACCAAAUUACUCAAUGAUUUUCAUUUUUAUUUAACUGCAAAUACAAUUUAUUUGGAUUGGGUUUUAGAAUCAGUUUAUGUAGAAGAGGCAUAUAUCUGCUAUGAUUAUUCAAACCGAAAGUUUAUAUUAGUGGAUGCAUACUACAUGAUGGGUCGUGGGUGCAUGUUCUCUAAACCAUGAACUUUCAUAUCUACCUAUGGUUUUAGGUUUUACAUUUACUCUCUACAUAUAAAACUAACAUACAUGAGAGGUUUGGAUUAGUUUUAAUUUCGAAAAUUUUAAUCAAAAUCAGUAUCAUGUAUGAAAACUUACAGGUUGUUAUGAAUAGAGAUCUGAUGUGACUGAUGUUCUUAUGCACAGCAAACUUGAAAAGAUAUCCUUAAAGAAUGUAAUUAUAUUACAUUGAAGUAUAAGAAGUCUCAUUUUCUUUUGAUAGAAAUAAGAAGUCUUUUAAGAUUCAAGAAAGUGAGUCCUAAUGUUGAUACUGGUAUUGCCACUAAGUUCAAAUAUGAAUGAUCACACAUGGCUAAUUUAGUCAUGGUUGAUUCAUGAUUCUAUAUAUUGGGAAGAAUGGUUUGAUAACUAUAGUUGGAAUUCAAAAUAAGAGAGUUGUAUUGUGAGAUGAGUAAUAUAAACAUAAUGGCAUACAACAUUUUCAAACUUCAGUUAUAUGCUCAAGUUAUAUGUCAGUAUAAAGAAAAAAGAUUUGGUUAAUCCGUUUUAGGGGUUACAGCGAAAUGUUCAGGUUAUAUUUUAGCUUUUGGAAUAAGUCCUUUUAAUAAUUAACUUGAGUUUUUGCAUCCCUUUUUUACAGCAAGAAAAUGAAAUGCAAUUAAUGAACUGCCCUGCCCCACUAUAUAAUCUAGCAGUCCCAACUUAAAAUUUGUAAAUAUAUAGACUAUAUAGACUAUUUACACAAACACAGUGUGGAGCUAGAGGUAGUUCUCUUCCAGCAAUAUGAAAGAUGGGACUGCACAUCGAAAUGGAGUAACUCUUCAGUCACAAAGAAAUGUAGUUUAUUUUCAAUUACAAAGAUACGAAGAUGAAAGCAAGACGAAAUAUGGGUGCCAACAGCGUCUCCAUCAUAAUUUUCCAUAAGAUUUUCAUAAAUUGAUCUCUAAAAGAGGUAUAAAAAAAGAGCAUAGAUGUGAUUGUAGGCGUUUCCACCGUAACCAUAGAUGUUUUUUAAUACUAUCUAAAAAAAGAAUGAUCACCUAAGCAUUUAAAUAUUUAAUUUGUUUAACUCAUCUCCUUUAAUGCAUUUCUUUAUAUGGGCUCUUAAGCUCAUAAAUAGGUACAACAGGUAGUUACAAAUAGCAAAAAAGGUGCAAUGUCCAAGUCCUGGAGAAGCCUAGACCAUGUCUCACUGGUGUUUAACAGUUUCUAAGUUUUCUAUGAUCCUUUUAUCUUAAUCAGUAUGAUAGCCAGCUUUAUAUUUUUGAGCUUUACAUAAAAAUAAGUUGAUAUCAAAACUCAGUACACUCUUAUUACUUUAUAAGAGGUAUGUAAGUGGUAUAGAAAUAUCUUAGUCACUCUUAUUACUUUUCUGUAUACUUUCAUCGCAGAUUACCAAAGGAUUAAGGAAUGUAUUACAUAUUACGUAGUAUAAAAAAUAGUAUAUCAAAGAAUGUUAUGGAGCUACCCUGUUUAUAGAUUCUUUACUUAUUCAUUUUACUUUUUUUACUAUGGCUUACUAAUAUUGACAUAUUGUCAUUUCAAUGAGAGAAUAAACGGGUUUCUUAUUCAAUUUAUCAAUUUUAAUCAACUGUUAGAAGGAGAGAAAAAAUAGCUUUGGUCUUUACUUUUUUACUAUUGCUUAAUAUUAUUGUAAAUUCUUGUGGAGAUUUAAAACAAUCUGCUAUUAUUGUUUCAAUGAGAGAAUAAACAGGUUUCUUAUCCAAUUUAUCAAUUUCAAUCAACUUAGAAUGAGAGAGAAAACAGGUUUGGUUCAUACUUCUUAUUCAUUUACUUUUUUACUAUUGCUUACUAUUAUUGUUAAUUUUUGUGCAGAUUUAAAAGAAUAUGCUGUUAUUAUUUUAUUAGCCAGAUAGAGAAGAAAAAAUCGAUGCUGGGGAGCCAGCAAAAUACAUGGGCUGUGGACCAAACAGAUACUCUAAAACUUGCAUUAGUGUUUUAAAUUAUUAACUUAUUAUACUGAUAUUUAUCAUGCCUCAACAGGUUUUGGAUGAAGUUGCUGAGCCUAUUGUUCAAGCAAGAGCUUUUAUCACAAUACCUUCAUCAUGAACAAUUUUAUUAAAGAUAGAGCCUUGUGGUUUUGUAAAUUAGAAACUUCCCCAAGAGGUGGCCCAGUUAAGGCUAUUCUUGAUGAGGAAGCUGAGGAAGAAGAUGAGAGUGAUUAUGAUUCUGCAAGUUUACCUUUAUUUAUAACACUUUUGGAAUAUUUGUUCUUAAGAAUAGCUCUUUUGGGAAUUGGGAUAUUUGAUCC